AGGGGCGGACUGACAACUCAUGGGGCCCCCGGGCAAUAGGAAAUUAUGGGUCCCCUGUGUCCUCGCCCACACUCAAACCACACCCAAAAAAGCCUAUGAAAGGUACCAGGGGCAUCUCAUGGGGCCCCCUACUGACCCCAGGGCCUCGGGCAGUGCCCUAGUGGCUAAAUGGUCAGUCCGCCCCUGCUUCCAGGUUUUAUUGACAAAACUCAAUUGAACAAGCUGAAGUUAGAAACUGAUUGGCUACCAUGCACAGCUGCACCGGAUUCUGGGUGCACUAGUUUUAGUAAAUCUCCCCCAUAAUAGUUUAUUUUAUUUUUAGUUUAAAUAAA